GCUAGCUUCAUUCCCAUUGCCCCCUCUCUGGGCGCUGCCAAUACAACGCAUCCGCUGUGGUGGCUUGGCUCCAUGCGCCGUAUCUUGCAGCAAGGUAACUCAACUGAACCGGUGGCCCAGGCUCCCUGUCCGCCCGACCAGCACGCGGCUACGCCUCGUUUGACUCGGUCACCUUUUAUCUCUCCGCCCGCUCCGCUUCGACUGCUUCAUUUCGCAAGGCCCUUUUUAUCCUCGCGACGGCCCAGCUCCUUUAUUCACGCCUUUCUUCCACUUUCUCGAUAUUCGCUGUGGUUGAGCUGUGCUGCGGUCCGAAAUCACACUGUCUCACCCAGACCCUUUCUCCAACCCGACCGCUCCAGUUCUUUGGCUGGUGUUUUUGUUUUCUCCGCACCGCCUGCAGCAGACGAUCCCACCCUACCGAUCUAGGUUGACCGUUUGUCUGCUCUUCGCCGCCUCUUUGCUCUGGCCACUUUGCUCGACCGGCUUUUCGACGCACUGCCACUCAAACCUAAGCAAACGCCGACUACUUAUCAUCCGGCGCCACCGAAGUGCUAAGCCUCUGCCUCUCUCUCUACCAACAGACACAGUUGCGAUGGAUGCCACCUCAUCCUGCGUUGCAUAAAAUACUACCAAGGACGAGAUCGGCUUCUUUGGCUCAACCUCAUCUGGUUCAGCCUUGCAUUGCGAAUUUCUCCUUUCCAUUUGCUACUUUACCACCGCCAUCAUGGCCUCUAUGCCGCUACAAGUCGCCAGCCUCGACUAUGACGACGGCUCAGGCAUUGCUCCUAACAAGUUGCGAAGUAGAGCAAUGGUCAAGCCCAUCCUAAAGAAGCUCAACUCCCAUACCAACUCGGAUCGCGGCUCUCUCGACUAUGACCGCUCCUGGGACGACCAGAUCUCCCCCCUGGGCUUCCCUUCUCUCGACUACUCCUACAUCACCACCGGCCAACCAGCGCCGUAUAACAGCAGCGGCGGCGGUUCAGGCAGCGAACCGUCUCGUUCUCGCGACGUUAGCUUCUCAUUUUCUUCCAACGAGUAUCCCACCGUUCGGAGCCGCAAUAAGUAUGCUCAUCAGCGGUCACCCAGCGGCAACUCGCACGCCUCUGCCGCCACCUCCAGCACCAAUGGCCGCAAUGGAUCCUUUGUGCAUCCGUUCCAGCAAACGCCCAGAACGGCUACUCCUCCGUUGUCGUAUGCCAACUCUGUUGCCUCACUCGAUACUGGCAACGUGACACGCGAAUACGCGUCGUUGGAUGAGGAGCGUGGUACAGAGCGCAGAGUCUAUUCCUCCGCCUCUACCAGCAAACCCAUGUAUGCUACAUCAUCCUUGGGCAGAUCAUCACUCUCAGAACAGCGCUCAGCGUCAGUGAGUGAGGGACCACAAACCAUGAAGCAUCCCCUCGCACUCCGCUCCAGUUCAACAUGUGUUCCGCGCCGCACUCACAGUAUACACUCCGCCGGCCGCAGCCGUACUGACCUACAACCCGGCUCGACACCAUCAUCCAACGAGUCGCAUCUCUCCUCCACAGCUCCUCUCUCUUCAGCAUCACCCAUCGUGAGUGCUUCAACUCCGCCCUCAUCGGCCUCGCCCAUGUCGCCUCUCCGCACCUCCCUGGAUCUCAGUGGAUUCCGUCUUCGCUCCAGAAGUGAACUGGAUGCCGCCACGCAGCAAGAACAAGUUCGUGAAGCGCGCAGAAAGUUUGAAGCGAAGGAAAGGGCAAAGGAAGAGAAGUAUGCUCGCCAACAGCUUCGCAAGAAGGAGCGUGCGAGCAACAAAGAUUCUCGGCGUCAUUCUCGUCUUAGAAAGGACAGCGCUGGCGGUGCCAGCGUUUCCAGCAACGGCGAUAUUGUACCCGCUGUUUCGCGCAAGAGUACGAGCAGCAACGUCAUUCGGCGCAGUGGCUCCAGAGAGAAAAUGCAGUUUGCCAGCCAUGAUUACGACGCAGUAGUCACCGAUGACGAACCCACAAACGCCAUUGAAGACGUCCAGUUCCAAACACCUAAGCGGCGAAAGACUGCGAAAAGAGCCACUACAGGCGCCUGGACUGCAUUUAUGCUCUGGUUCAGAGUGCGCAUGCUCAAGGUGGGACGUCGAUGAGCCGACCUCAGUAUAUGAGCGGUGUAAAUAGCCGAAAUCAUGCCCAUCGUUUGUUUUAGCAACAAACGGCGGAUGCAUCGGUCUUUUUUUACUUGUUUUUCUUUUUCUUUUGGGCAGCGUUGAUUGUUUGCUCUUUAUCCUCUUGGCGUCAUACAGUACACGCACGGCGUUUGAAGCACUUGCAUUUCAGGACAUCUGUUGUCCGCCGGCUACACAGAACAUGAGUACCGCUACUUGCAAAGAGCGGGAAAUGAUCCCACCAAACAACACUGGUGCACAGAAAGCACUCGUUGCUUUUCUGUGUGCUCAACUUCACUGUUAUUUAUUGAUUUCAGGCCUCCUUAGAAGACGGCCUUGAUUUGUAUGGAUUGAACGGCAUUUUAUUCGGAUCACGUUAUAGCGAGCAUUUACAGGGAGAUACUUUUGUUUUUUGGACACUUGGGACGCGUUUCAGCGUCAUUGAUUCUCAUGAAUUAGGCUUAUCAUAGAGUAGAGACGCCAUGUCUUUUGAAUGAGAUAACAUGCCAUCUUGAUGAC